AUGCUCCUCCGACAGCUCCAGCGGCCACUCUCGCGAUCGGUAGCUGCAGCAUGGCGUUCAGCACCACCUACAGCGCUGCUGCACGGUAGCAGCAGCAGCCGACUGCAAGACGAAUCCCAGUCGCAACAACCGCAGUCACAGUCACAUUCGCCGCCGGCGUCCGCCACAGAGGAGAGUCCGCGACUCCCAGAUCAGCAGAAGCAGAACGAGGAGAACAAGAAUCAGAAGAAGGACAAGCCGUCAUUGUUCGAGCAGUUGUUCCCAGAGGAAGCCAAGCAGCCCGGUGGCGCGUCUACUAGCAGCCGGCUAUCGCAGCUCUUCGAGGAGCCGCAACGCAUACCCUUGCACGACGGGUUUCCCAUUGAAGGGCUGCAGAAUGAGGAGAACAAGUCAGCGGGGGCGGUGGAAUGGGAUACUACUGCCCUGCGCGCGAAGGCCAUCCUGAUCCUGUCGGCCGCCAGCAAACACCUCCUCGAGAGCGACUUCCUGCGUCUGGGUCCGAAGGGGAAGCACGUCGAGGGAUGGGUGAGCGGUAUUCUGAAAGUCAUCCAAGCCCGCGACCCCGACACUCUCGAGCCCCUCGGCCACUACUUCAUCCUCUUCGACAGUCCCGAAGCCGCCGUCUACUACCGUGACGAGGUGGAGCGACUCUGGCAGCUGGGCAAGAGCCACGUCCCAGGCGCGCACCACAAGAAACACUCUGAAAAGCGACAGCCAGUUCCGCGAGGCCUGCGCACUGAUCGCGGCGAGGACAUCCUAUCCACACUCAAGUCCUUCACGCUCGUCCCGCCCUCACAGCGCUACCGCCUCGCCCUGCGGAUUUCAGCAGGGGAGCAGGCCGUCUCGCCCGGCAGCGCAGACAACAACGAGAUGUACGGCGGCGGCUUCGGCGACUACGGGCUCGCGCACUCGAUGGUGGAGGAACUAGACCGGGGCGGCGCGUUCGCAGACCAGCUGGCGCGGCGGGUCGGCUCGCGGUCCCUCGUCCUGCUGGGCGUCGAGGGCGGCCGCGUCGCCGCCGACGUGGUGCGCCGCGCCAUCAGCGACGACGGCCGCGACCGCAACCUGCCGUGGCGCGUCACGGACCUCCAGCGCGGCAUAAUCCCCUUCGGCAAGAGCGUACUCCGGCUGCGCGACCAGGACCCAAAGUCAGACGUCCUGCCCACCGGCGUGGAUCCGCACAGCUGGGAGCUGUUCGGACGGCAGGUGGACGACGAGGGCGCCGCUGUGGAAGCCGCCGAGCAGAAGGAGCGCGAGGACAGGUACAGACGCUAUCCGCGGUUCAUCGUGGCCUUCACCGACGACGCCGAGGCGCACCGGUUCGUGCGCACCUGGCACCGCCGCGAGCUGAGGCUGCGGAUGGGUGACGCCGAGGGCGAGGGCGGCUGGGAGGAGACUAGGAUCGUCAAUGCUACGGUGCUGUGGUGA